AUGAUAGUUGAAAAGACAAAUGAAUAAGAAUCAGUGUCUAAAAAGUUAGAUUACCCAAUGCUAGACAUUGAGAUAACAUAUUAAGAAUAAUCCAUUAGACUUCCUCAGCUUAAAUAAUACAUUCCCUAAGAUAUUUUGGAAAGAGAACUUAGAAUACAUUAAUAUUUGGACUAAAAUCACAUAUUUCUACAAGAUGUUAAAAGUACAAUUUAAGAAUAUAAUAGAAGAGCCUGCAAAUCUCCUGCAGUAUUCUUGGAACUUAAGAAGAUCCGAGAAAACAGGCCUAAGUAAUCAUACAACUCAUCAAGCAAUUUGGUUUAACCUUCCUUCCUAAUGAAAAGAAUUCAAAAGAAAAACUAAUAGGCUUUAAGCGAAGCAUCGACUCCUUACGCUGAUUCAGUUGAGCUAAGUAAUAAGUGUAGUUUUUCUGAUCUUUCCUAGAAAAGCACAAGCAAUUUUGGCUAAAUGAUUGCUGAUAUGUCAAACCUCAAGAAGAGUUUAUUUGCUCCUCAUCAUCCUCAUUUGUUCUUGCAAAUUUAAAAGUAAGAUACUUCAGAUAAAGCAAACGACAUGAACCAAUGUCAAAACAACCAAUAAUCGUCCAAAAAUAUAGAUUAGGAUGCAAUUUUCAAUUGA